AUGUGACGAAAGCGCGUCUAGCUACGCUCCUCGGUGGCUUGGCAGUGCUCGCCCCGUUUCUUAGUUCCUCGCUGUCGCCAUGGCGGACGGCGAGCGUUCACCAUUACUCUCCGAUCUCGGCGAUGGAGCUGCCGGAAGCGGAAUUGGCGGCAUUUCUCCUGCAAGUCCGUUUUCGCAACCGAACAAACCGCAGAGUUUCCCACCAUUUCCAAGCACAUCUCAGCCCUCUGUGCUUUUGGGCGAGGAUCCUCCACCUUACUCACCCCUGACAUCACCUGAAAGUGGCAGUGCCCCUGUGAUCAGCUGCCGCGUGUGUCAGUCUCUUAUCAGUGUUGAGGGCAAGAUCCACCAGCACGUAGUCAAGUGUGGUGUGUGCAACGAAGCGACACCCAUAAAGAAUGCUCCAGCUGGGAAGAAAUAUGUGCGCUGUCCCUGUAACUGUCUGCUCAUCUGCAAGGUCACAUCUCAGCGCAUCGCUUGUCCACGUCCUUACUGUAAGAGGAUCAUUAAUUUGGGUCCAGUACACCCCGGGCCAGCUAGUCCAGACCCUCAGCCUACUGGGGCCCGAGUGUCAUGUGGCCACUGUAGCAACACCUUCUUGUGGACAGAGUUUACUGACAGGACACUGGCCCGAUGUCCCCACUGCAGAAAAGUUUCUUCAAUUGGCCAGACAUACCCGAGGAGGCGGAGUCUAUGGUGUUUCCUCCUCUGCUUGCUGUUCAGCAUCUCGGCUGCUGGACUGAUUGCAGGAACCUGGUCUAAGGCGCAAGUGUAUGGAGGGAUCUAUGCUGCUUGGGUGGUCAUGCUCCUACUGGUUAUGGUGACUCUGGCCAGAGCACUCUACUGGACCUGCCUACGGGUCAGCCAACCCCUGCAGAGCUUCACAUAGAGAGAGGGAGGGGGAGAGAGAGAGAGAGAGAGAGAGUGAGAAUGUUAGCAGGGAGGCCGAGAGUAGGGACAGAGUCAGACUGGUGGUAAAUGUAGUAAAUUCUGGGAAAACUGCAAGGUAUGACAGAAAGCAUCAUGCCAUGUAAAAGAAUGUCUGAGAUGGAUGAAUGUCUGGAUUGAAGGAUUGGGCUGAAAAUAGUUAUUUGUUUUUAAGUUAAUAUUUAUUUAGCUGAACGUUGGAUCCAGUGGUUUUAUGGAUGACUGUGUGCAAACCUACUGACACCAUCCAGACACCAAAUUCCAGUGGCCCUGAAUAUUUUAAUCUCGCACAUAAUACAUACUCAUAUCAAAGACUCUAACACUGUGUCAUCGAUGUUGGUAGGAGUCUAGCAGAUUAUUUGGCACAGUUGAGACACUAUCUGACCGACACAUACCCUCAUGCCUAUAAUCCAUGGACUGUUUGAAGGUAUAACUGGAAAUUUGCCUCAACAUGAGAGCACCAGAGGUGUCGACUAGAGUUUAGUCUUGAGUGAUUAGUUGUGUUUUUACGUAAUGUACAGUCAUAAAUGUUAGAAUCAGUGCAUUUGUGAAUGUCUAUCAGUGCCUCUGCAGUCCUAACAGCAUGAGGCUUGAGAGAGAGAGAGAUGGAGACAGAGAGAGACUGCUGUGUCCUUCACAGUGGGGCUCUGCUUCAACACACCCAUCCACACAUACCUCCAUUCUCAGUCCAUAUGACCUUAUAAUCACAUACUUACUCCUAAUCUGUGAUUAAACAUAGGUAUAAUUAUAUCUUGUGAUAUUAAAUUAGUUAGCAUUAAUCCAAAAAUUGCCAUAUAUUAUGACAUUUUAGGACCUAAUAACUACCAUAAUUGAGAUUGAGAAUUCAGGGCAAAAGUCCCACAGUGCUUGUUAAUUUGUAUUCACAUGCUUUCCAGACAUGGUACAAAAAUUCAGUCACCAAUGUUUUAUGUGCUUUCACUUCAGGUCUAUGUGAAACAAUUAACAGCAUAAUAUAGUCAGUAAGCAUGAUUGUUAUACUGCUAAUAAAUUUCAUAUAAGAAUUGCACACAUGCACAUACAGACUCUUGUCACCAACAUACUAAAUUCUAUAAGUAAUGCAAUUUUAGUAAUGCUUUCACAUAGUACAAAACCUCCACAUGCUUAAAAAAAUCCCAUUUUAUGAUUGACAUUUACACACCUGGAUGAAUAGUUUUACAUUCCCAGUUUGUCUUUUCUGUACACAAAAGUAUUUUUUUUGUUAUUCUUUUUUUUUCCAGAGUUAAUAUUUAUUAUUUUAAUGACCAUGCCAUUGCACUAAGAGGAAAUCACAUUUCCUUGAAAACACUACAGCAUUUUUUAUGUUGGUAUUCAUGUACUAACCAUGUGAAUAAUUAUUGUAAUCUAUACAACCCUGACUUGGACUACAAUGCUUAAAGCAUUCUCUUAUUAUUUAUGAUCUGAAGGAUGGUGUUGAAGUCUAUAUUACAUGACAUUUGUAGUGUCAUUAACUUGAAUAUGAUACAGCUGUUGUUAUAUGAAAUGUGCUAAUCACAUGUAUGUUUUUGUUGAAGCUCAGUUUAGGAUUUAGGCACCUCUUCAUUUUUUUUUAUUUAAAAACCCUUGCAGAAUGUUUUGCUGUUCCUUAAUUUCCCCUUGGCUUAGUGUACCAUGAGUGCCUAAAUAUGGAGAGUACUUUAUGUACGUAGGCCACAUUUUUCCCCUCAAUGUUUUUAACUCUUAAAUCUAGCAGGUUUGCAGGAUCUCUAUAGCGUCAGUCCAUCUCAAAUGGUCCAAUAAUUGCAAGGGUGGCUGCUUGACCAUUUUUAACUUAAAAAAAACACUUUUUUUUAAAAGUGUUUUUAAAAAAAAAAAAAAACAAACAUUUAUUUUUUACUUGGUUUAACUAUAACCGCCAUCUUUGUGUCAUGGCACACAACAAAUUUUGGUUUUACAGCUGUUUAUGGAAACCUCAAUAUCUCAGCUCAGCAUGGGCCUAGCUCCUUGGAACAAAAAAUUAUCUCUAGUGCACAUUACAAGGUACAUGUGUAUAUAUAAACAUUUUGCACAUUUGUGUUCCUAAGACUUAAAGUCCAAUUGUAAUGCUCAAGAUUGUUCACAAUUCCACAUUUAUGGUCAAUUUAAUGGGAAGGAUUUGAAUCACAUCUUAAUUUUUAGCGGGUACCUAGGUACAUAUGGUAAGUAUAGCACAGAACAUUUCAGGUUUGAGACUUUUUACAGGGACAAGAAAGUGCAGUUUUUAAUAAUUUCCCUCCCUUUCGGAUUGAAUAUUUCUGGUGGGGGACCAGAAACGAACCUGAAACUUUCACAGAAAUAAGUUCUCUAUAGUAGUAUUCUGCUGUAAAAAUUGUGAGUUUGAGGUGCAGGUAAACUAUGCAGGACCUCGAGGGCCAGAUUUGAAGAACCAGCCUGAUCCAUCAUGUUGGUACAGGUGUACAGUUGAUAUGCAUGAAUAGAUUUUAUCCAAAUAAAGAAUUACAGUGUUCAGUUGGUUGUUUUACAAGUGAACAGUGUCAUAUACAGAGCUGUGGUAUUGUACAUAGAGGUAAUUACUCAAAAACAAUUUUUAAAUUAAAAACUCUUAAGCAACCUGCAUUGGACCACAGAGAUGGAAUGACCCGUUAGUAAAAUGAGAGUUGUGAAUUGUUGGUCUUUAUCUACAAUUUUGUGAGGAAAAAAAAUCUGUGCUUUGAUUAGCAAGGUCUCUGUUCUGACACACCUAAUUCAAAGAAUCAGGUAAUUAUUAAACCCUUUGUUGCCUGACACAUUAUAUGAAGUCCAAAAGUGCAGGACUGGGAGUGAAAACUACUGCUCAAAAUCUCAAAAUGAUGAAUAGAUGUCUCCUGUAAAAAGAUGAACAAACUUAGUAUAAAAUCACCAAGAACUGAUUUGGUUAAAGGCUUUCAGAAGGUCAUGUACAAAAAGUGGUGUCGCUGAAAUCGGAGGUGUUGCAAGACUGAGUUCUGGGUUUACACUGCUGAAAUGCAUAUUGCUGUGUGAUUAGUGGUGUGAUGGUUUACAGUGAUUAGAAAAUCUAAGAUAUUAACAUUGUCCUGUAUUAGUAUAAAUAAUGUCACUGAAAAUUUAUUAAUUUUUCAUUCUGUUUCAUGCCUACUCCCAAAUAAGAUAGCUGAUUAGAUCAAACAUUGUUAUCUCAUUGUGUUAUCCCUGAAUCCAGGUGCAGAGGUGCCUAGUGUCCUAAACUCUAUGCUUUAUGGGUAUAAGUAUAAAUACUAUCUUAUUUAUGCCAAGAGCGAUGAGACAAGAAUAAGGCUUUUCUCUGAGUUUGUUUGCAAAUGAUUAGUUUGUUACAAGGCAUGAAGGCAAUUAAUGAAGACAAUAUAAAAAUAAGAAAACAGUC